AUGUGCGGGCUGGAGUGCGAUGGGGUGUCUCCACUGGCCAGCAUCUGCCCAGAUGUUCUUGGCCAUGAUGUGGUGGCCGAGGAUGUGGAAGACUCCGCCGCUGCUGCCCAGGUCCAGCCAAUGUCCAAGCGCUCUCCAUCCAUGCCGCCUGUCCCUGAAAGCCAGCGGGUUGAGUGCAUCAUCUGCUACUCCUCCUACGACCUGUGCGGCCGGCUGCCGCGCCGGCUCUACUGCGGCCAUACCUUCUGCCAAGCCUGCCUGAAACGCCUCGAUGCCAUCACCAACGAGCAGCGCUGGAUCCCCUGCCCGCAGUGCCGCCAAAAUACGCCCACACCACGCGGCGGCAUCGCCAUGCUCGACCUCGACCUGGCCACCUUCCUUGCCAUCAAGGCUGACAAGGAGCAUCCCCGGGUGGCCGGCAGGUCCCAGCCCGACUUGGCCACCAAGGGCUGGUGCAAAGAGCAGGCGGUCACUCAGCAGCCGGAGGGGCUGUGCCAAGAUGCGCUGGACAGCUGA